CUGGCCUCGGACAUUGCCGUACAUGGCAAGAGAGAUUUCGCAAUCGGCUCCCCUCCAUGUUCCAAACAAAAACAUCCAAGAGCGUCGACAGACGGAAUUAAAGUACAAACUUUUGUCUCCACGUCGUCAUUUCUGACCGCCAAUUCUCUCUCGUGUCGCCUCGUCAAGGCGCCCUCCACCACUUCCUGUUGGCACUCGUAUACGAGAGGACACCUUGGUUAGCGCGAAUCCAAAUGAGCCGGCCGUCGCAGCCGAAAAUCACAUCUUCAGACCACCACGGUGUGAGCGUCAUCCAGAGUCAGGCCCACGCCGCCGCCGCGCUUCUGCAGCAGGUCCCCCAGCUGGUCCCCGCUCACCCGUCAUCCGCAGGUGGCAAGGCGGCCGCGCCGGGCAAGAUGAAGAAGACGUCGGCGGACAAGGACAGCGACGAGUACCGUCAGCGCCGCGAGCGCAACAACCUGGCGGUGAAGAAGAGUCGCAUGCGUAGCAAGCAGAAGGCCAUGGACACGCAGCAGCGAGUCAACCAGCUCAAGGAGGAGAACGAGCGGCUGGAGGCCAAGAUCAAGCUGCUCAGCAAGGAACUGAGCGUGCUCAAAGACCUCUUCCUGGAACACGCCCACAACCUGGCCGACAACGUCCAGCCCCCCGCCGCCGCUCCGGACGACACCAGCCCCGCCCCUAACGGCGGCCAGUGAGGCGCUUUGACUGGACCGCCAUCACCCCCCCGCUCCGCCCCCCCAGGUGACAGUCAUGUGACAUCCGCUCAAAAACAGACGCUGCCAUUGGCCAGCCGCGUGUCACUGAUUGCUCCAAUAGAACAAGACACUGGAGCAGGUGGGCGGAGCCUCACCUUGAGGAUUUGUACACUUUUUUCCAAAGCACUCGUCACAAAAGACAUGUUUUUUUAGCCACGCCCCUGUGUGAUCGGACGCAGGCGUCUCCUGACACUCAAAACAUUCUCGUCUUUUAUUUCUCCUUAGCAUGGCUGUCGCUGGAUGUUUAGUAGCAUUGUUCACCGCACUGGGCUAAGUUUAUUAGCAUGUUCUUCAAACGUUAUUUGUCUAUUAGCAUGUGGAAAAAUCACUGCUCAUGUUGUUUAUCAGUCUGUUGACGUUUGUAAGCAUGUAACACCUCUCCCCCCCCGACUCACGCCGCUAGCUUCUUUGUUGACUUUUAUGUCAGAUGGGUGUGCAGCAGCAUGGCGACGUAAGAGAAUGAAAUGGAAGCUAGUUAGCCACCAUGCUAAUCAGCUUUGUUGGACCAACACAGUCAAAUCCUGUUUUCAUCUUAUUUAUUUACUGAAUUGAAAAAGUGACUCUUUUUAAUGAUUGCUUUCUCUUGAUAUUUUCUGUGCUCUGAAUGAACAAAUAAAUGUUGGGUGCAUUUGA